AUGCUGCCAGAGUAUCAUUCUCUUGACCGGGAGACACCCCUUUUCCGGACACCAUUUGGCAAAUUUGCCUUCAGGGUGGUAUCUCUGCCCUUCUUCAGCUUCCUCUUCUGCGUUUUGUGGUCUGUGGUGUUCUACUUUGACCGCGCAACAGCCACUCAUUGUCAUGUUUACAAUUUUCUGCCAUCAAUCUCUGCGGCAAUUGGAAGUUACCAGCCACAGAGAUUCAUCUGGCAGGUGGCUAUCUGUGCUCAUGCUGUGCCUCGUUUCAUGGUGGCCUACAUGUACUUGAGGUACUAUCGAUCGUGCGUCAGGAAACGCUGGCAUUUUCUCGUUAAUUCCGCCACAAUGCUCAAUGUUGUGGAGAAUGGAGCACUCCUUGGCUUAUCCCUCUUCACAUCCGUGGACAGCUAUGAAAUCCACAAAUUCUGCUUCAUCACCUUUAUUGCCACAUCUGAGCUGUACAUGCUCGUGUCCUACAUCAUGAACAUCAAUCUCAGGCGAGGGGAUUCCUUGACAAAGCUAGAAGACAAAUCCAUCAGAUUCAAAGGAUACCUCUGCCUCAUCAACAUUGUUUCCUUCUCCCUCGCUGGCUACUUCUUCCUUCGGCACAAUUCCUACUGUGAACCAGGUGUUUAUUCUCUCUUUGCGCUUUUUGAGUACAUCGUCGUCCUGACCAACAUGGGAUUCCACAUGACGGCCUACUGGGACUUCCAUGGGCGUUGGAUCUCCUUCUCCUGGACCACAGGUCUCUACUUCUCUCAAAAUUAAGACAAAAAACCAAACAAAACGUCCAGAGAAAAGCUUCUCGCGAUUCCUCCGGGAUCAUCCAGCAACAAAAGUAUAUAUAUAUUUUAUCAAAUCCACAAAUGACUCCCCCUUUAUUAUUCAAUUGGGGCAUUGGAUUGCUAGAAAUUUUUGUAUUUUAAUGUAAUUUUUAAGCUAAAUGGGUGCAAUUAUAUAUUUCUUCCGCCAAA